GGCAUAUUUAGGCGAGGGUAUUAUUAUAAGCGGUCAGAUGAGUGAUCCGACCGCCAUAGGUAUAGAUCUAUUCGACCUCUCGCACCCUGUUCGGUGGAAGGAUAUGCAGAACGUGUAUCUAGAGAUCGCAGCGCAAACACAAUGGCAGGUUUGCUACAACUGUGGCUUCCCUGAAAUGGGCACUUCUAUUCACUACCAAUACCACGGCUGGAACGCCAUGAAGCCGGCAGCCAUACCACUAAAUAACUUGCUGACCAGGCUGAUAGUCAUAGACGUAAGCUCCCUCGCGAAAAGCGAUCCAAAUCUCGUGCUUAGUUUGGACGAUGCUCGCCGCUUCCUCUCCGUGGAAAAUGGGCCUUUUCGACCCACGAUACUGCUGUUCAAGUUCGGAUGGCAUGAUCACCCGUCGUACGGUCUGGAUUUCAAAUGUUUCUGUCAGAUACCUGGAAUCAGCUUCGACCUAGCAGCGUGGAUAGCCGUGCAACUCAGCCAUGUGGUGGGUGUCGCCACUGACGCGCCAAGUCUGGAGUCAGAGGAGACACGGAACGCUACCGCUAAAACUGUGUCUGCUCUGUUCGGCAAAAGCGGUGUUUUCAUGAUUGAGAAUGUGGAUGCGAGAAGAGGGAGAGACAACACAGAUCCUGUUAUUCCUGGUACUCUCACGGGACGUCAAAGAGUACCAGAGGGGGAGAAUGUAGCGAGACAAAAUAACAUCACGCGCGAGCGCGCGGAUCCGAAUACUUUCUCGCUCGCACAUCACUACCUGUCACGAUCAGCGGACCGAUCUACCCGAGCGGGCGUGAAGAACUCCGAGCGGCGCGGGGAGCGCGGGCGGCGAGGAAACCGUAAUAAAAGGCGCCGCGCGGCCGCCGAUCAGUCAUUCUCUAGCUAG